AUGAAAACUUCUGUCCAAAAUAAUGUAGUGGAGCUUAUAGCAAAUAUUAUUUCUUUAGCUAGAUCAGAAACAGAAUGUACAUUACAACCUGAACCGUCUACUUCUUUCCAGUCAAGUGCAUCAGUAUCCGAUGAAAAAUCGUUUUCAAUUUGGGAAAUGAUUGAUAAAAGAGUUUCCGAAGUCCAUCCUGCCAUAAGAAUAUCAACCGCACGUGCUAUAGUUGAGGUUCAACGAUAUCUUGAAGAGCCAAUCUUAAAAAGAAAUGGCAACCCAUUAGAAUGGUGGCAAGAGCAUAAAUAUAAUUAUCCUUACCUAAGUAUAUUUUCUAGGAAGACAUUGUGUUGCUUAGGAUCAUCCAUACCUUGCGAGCGGGUUUUUUCAAAGGCAGGUUUGAUCAUAACAGAUCGUCGUUGUCGAUUAAAAUCAAAAAAAAGCUGA